GCAUCCACUUCGACAACUUCGGCUACCAGGGAAGCUCUGGUCUGGGGGUGCUCAGCUUCACCUGGACGUUGGGUCAGCGACCGCUGCCGACCGCAAGCGACGGCAGCGAGAUCAAAAAGUCCCCCAUCAUGGCGGGAGGCCUCUUCGCGGCGGAGAAAGCCUUCUUCAUGAAGCUCGGAG